GUCAGGAAACAGCACAGCUUUUAGGUUUACGCAUGCGCAAGUCGGCUCCAUCAACCAUAGCCGUUUUCAGGGAGAAAGAGCUAUUUGUUUUGUACUAGGAAAAUUUAAAGUAUUUCUAUAUUCAUGUCAGAACCACAGUCCGCACUUUUAUUACGGAAACAACUCGCAGAGCUGAAUAAAAACCCUGUAGAAGGGUUUUCUGCAGGCUUGAUAGAUGACAAUGAUAUAUACAGAUGGGAAGUCCUCAUUAUUGGCCCCCCAGAUACACUAUACGAGGGUGGCUUUUUUAAAGCCCACCUUCAUUUUCCAAAAGAAUACCCAUUGCGGCCACCUAGAAUGAAAUUUAUGACAGAAAUUUGGCAUCCCAAUAUUGAAAAGAAUGGAGAUGUUUGUAUCUCCAUUUUACACGAACCUGGUGAUGAUAAAUAUGGCUAUGAGAAAGCUUCUGAGCGAUGGCUACCAGUACACACUGUUGAAACUAUCCUUAUCAGUGUCAUCUCAAUGCUUGCGGAUCCCAAUGAUGAAAGUCCUGCCAAUGUAGAUGCUGCGAAAGAGUGGAGGGAAAACUAUGCUGAAUUUAAAAGGAAAGUUGCAAGAAAUGUUAGGAGAAGUCAAGAAGAGUGUAUGUAGGGCUGUGGCUUGGGGAAAUUAUUUAAUGCCAGGAGGGAGCUGCUUGCCGGCCAGAUCUCAGGGGAAUGUUCAGUUGCUGCAAUGGCACCCCACCAAUCUGUCAAAGAUCCUUUCUCUCCUCUAGAAUUUAUUUUCUGGAUUGGUCCAAUUAUUUCAACCUAUUCAGUAAAAUUAGUUUACAAUUAUCAAUUAAAUUUUCUUUUCCCUUUAAAUGUGUUUCUUCACUUCUGGGUUGUACCUUGUGUUAUUGAGGUGGAGCAGCAAUUGUCUGAUACAGCCAUGAGGGAGUCAGUACCUGUGUGAUCUUUGAAGUCUUGAUUUAUAGGUAUUUGGAAAUCAAAGAUGAACAUAAUAUGCAUCCCAAGUGCCUAAUCUGACAUGUAUUCCAAAUUAUUUUUGCGGGUGAUUUAGAAAUUUGAUAUACAUUUUGAAGUUGGGUACUAUACGCUUAAAUUUAGUCAUCUGUACACCAAAUGCACUGUUGCAGUGAGUGUUACUCACAUUAUUGCAUUUCUGGAGGUUGGUGUUCUCCAAUAAGAAUUAUGAAUGUGCAAGUUGUUGAUAAGCAAUAUGAUUGUUAAUGCUGUCUACAACUUUUGGUUUCCUUUUCUAUAACAUGUGUUCCUUAAAGUUUUAACUGGUUUUUUUAUGAUAAAUAAAAUGAAACUCAUCUUU